UUCUUAAUUGCACCAUACCCUUCCCCACCUCAAUUUUCUCACUUCUCAACUGUAACAUGGCUGUCUGUGGCUGGGUCACCCCCCAAAUGGAUAACAGAGACUGGCCCAUUUUCACCAAAUUUGACAAAUAAAAAUAAAAAUCGACAAGCUUUCUUUUUGUAAGUAACUGAAGCUGCUGCUCCUCUGCUCCUCCUCCGGCAUCUGACUGUCUAAAUAAAUGGCCAGUAAAACUGAAAAGGAGGCACUGCCACCACCCAGAGCGGCACUUCCAUGGAGGACUCGUCUCGUCGUCUCCCUCAUCUCAGUCAUAUCAGACGCCGCCCGUCGCUCAGACGGCACCAUAAACCGUCGGCUCUUCAGCUUCUUUGAUUUCAAAGCGCCUCCCUCCCCAACCAAACCAAUACGUUCAGUCAUAUCCUCCGACACCAUGGUAGAUAGCGACCGCAAUUUAUGGUACCGCAUGUAUACUCCAACCGACUCUACUAAGGAAGAUAAUCUCCCAGUGAUGAUAUUCUUCCACGGAGGAGGCUUUUCGUUUCUUAGCCCUGCCAACACAUCAUACGACAUCGUUUGCCGCAGAUUCGCGCGUAGGCUCCCUGCUAUCGUUGUAUCCGUGGACUAUCGCCUCACCCCGGAACAUCGCUUCCCUUCUCAAUAUGACGACGGUUUUGACGUCCUCAAAUUCCUCGAUGAUAAUCACACUACAUUACUGCCUCCCAAUGCCCGUUUGUCCACAUGCUUCCUUGCUGGAGACAGCGCCGGCGCUAAUAUAGCUCAUCACGUGGCUGUUAGAGCCUGCCGCCACGGGACCUCUUUCAGUGUGGCAAAGAUUGUUGGAUUGGUAUCCAUACAGCCCUUUUUUGGAGGGGAGGAGAGAACCUCAUCGGAGAACAGACUGACCGGUUCCUUGUUGGUUUCUGUUCCAAGAACCGAUUGGUGUUGGAAGGUGUUUCUGCCGGAAGGAUCGAGUCGAGAUCAUUACGCUGUGAACGUGAGCGGGCCUAAUGCGGAGGAUAUUUCAGGACUGGAUUAUCCGGCGACGCUGGUGUUUGUGGGUGGGUUGGACCCUUUGCAGGAUUGGCAGAGAAGGUACUACGACUGGCUAAAGAGAUCCGGAAAAGAGGCUACUCUCAUCGACUACCCCGACAUGAUUCACGCCUUUUACAUUUUCCCUGAAUUGCCAGAGUCUUCCCAGUUAUUUUCGCAGGUUAAGGAUUUUGUUCUUCAUAUUUUAUCUCAGCAACUCUAAUAGUAAUAUAUAUAGACAGGUCACUGCGCAGCUACACCUGUAAGGCAUCAUCAUAUUCUGGAUGUUUUACUUCUGCUUCUUUUAAGAUUAUUCAUUUAGAGAACAAGACUUACUGGGUUUGAAGAAUAAAACUAUAUAUAUAUUUAUAUAGAACAAUAAAUGGCCAUUAGCUUGGGCGGGCUGCGGCUUUCAUGUUGUAGAAUUAUGUAAUUGAAAUGAAUGAGAUUUAACAAGAAGUAAUAAUGAUUAA